UUCUAAGCCACACCUGUUACCACUCCCAUUUUUCUGGGUGGUACCCUCCAUCUACAUCCUUUCCCUCAAUACCAAUGCAACCACCCUACCUGAUUAGCUGUCUCACUGGCCCUGGUACUAUCUUACUUAAUCCCAGAAACAGCUUUAUGGAAAGAAUGCUGCUAGAGCAUUUUGACUUUGGGGGAAUCUGAGGCACGAGGAAAGGCUCAGAAAUACACCCAGCUCCCUGUGGCCACUAAGGGCUGGGAUCUGAACCACCUGUAAAUUCUUAACAGCCCUUGUAGUCUUGAAAGCUGUGGGGUACAGGGGGGGCAUCUCCCUCUUCCCCCAUAGGUGAGCAAAGAUGCAAGCUGGUUUAAGCAUAUCCAUCAGGGCAGAGUGGACCUUGGCCUCUGAUCCUGGGGUGCUCAGCGAAUAAAAACUGGGGCUGUGUCUCCAGCUCACCCCGAAAGAGUUAAUCUCCAGGGACAACCUUGGGUUUCUCCCAGACUGGAGGCCUGUGCCCAGUUCUGCAUCUGCCAAUGGUGGGAAGAAGUCCUGGGAUGUGUAGUCUGUGCCCCCGCCCACCCCCUGCCUGCCUGUUUGUCAGCCUCGCCUGGAAGACUACACUUCCCAGAAACCUAGAGCUGGUCUCCAGUGAGUGGCCCUCCAGCCUGGCCUAGGGCAUGCCCCAAUUCACCUUUGCCUGCUUCUGUGGCCUCCAUGGCUUCUGCAAGAUGAAGAGGAAGAAGGAGGAAGUUCACAGAGAGCGGGAAACUGCCGUGUGAGCAGAGCCUGGGCUUCUCCAGGCCCAUGGGCGCCCCCUUCUGGCUGGGAGUCUCCAUUCUGCCCUCUGCUCAGCCUGACUCUGAGGGCCUCUCACCCAACCUGCCUGCCCUUUGGCUUCUGGUCCUUCCUGGACAGAAGUCCCCAACCCCAUGGGCAGCUGGGAACUGAUUUUGCCUUCCAGAGAUGGGGCUCAGGAAUAAGACUUCUUCCCUGCCCUGAGGGAUGUGCUGCCUUGGGCUAGAACUGCUGUCUGGGGAUCCUGGGGAGGCCUUGCAACUAGAUGUGCCAGAUUGGGGUCUCUAGGGAAUUUGAGACUGUGGGAGAUGGUGGACCUAGGCCUGAGGGGGAUGAUGGACCUGAGUGGGGACACUGAGGGAGGCCCAACAGCUACCCUCAGCUGUUGGGGGGGGGUGUCUGCUCUAUGUCCUCCCCUUCACCCCUCCUCCCUUCUCAAAAAGUAACUGGCUCUUGACCCUUCCACCAGGCCUCUGGCAGCAGCGCAGAGGUGGAAGCCUGUUUCCUUCCUCAGGGACUGCCUUCCAGGGUCACUGAGGGGCCUGUUUCCAGGACUAAGCCAUGUCCUCCCUUUCUGCCCUGGACUCCUCAACUCACCCUCCUGCCUCUUCUCUUCUCAGACCCAUAGUGGGGGAAAUGCUUGCAUGCAGUGCCUUUAGGGAGUACUCGGGAAGAGGUCCCUCCAGAAGUUUCCUCUUGAUUGAUGGGGCACACCGCCAUCGACCUUCCUGAGCUCUGUCUCUGCCCACCCCUAGCCAAUUUCCAAGAGGUAGGAAGCAAAUGCAGAGUCACCUCCUUUCUCUACUCCCAUAUGGUAUCACUGAGCCUUUGUGGUUGUGCUUGAGCUGAAGGGUCGGGCACACAAUGAUGCCAGUGGUCAACACACUUCAGAUGAGUCUUCCUUUAGCAAGUCCGCCU